AUGUCUGAAACGGAAGAAGGUAUAGCAAGCAGUCUGAGGAGAAAGCCUAGCACUGAGACCAUGGGAGGAUUGCACCGCAGUCCCUCGAAUCAGAGCUACGUAGUCAAGCGAGCACCCUCAGGCUUGAGCUUCAACAGUUUUGAUCGGACCAAGUCAUCCAAAGACAACAAGCUCUCACGAGUUCUGUCGAGCCACAACUCCUCUCAGGUUGCCUCGCUGCUCAAGUCCCUUGCAACACAUACAGCGAGUGAACAGAGCUCGGAGACUCUCUACUAUGGGGUAGACAAAGAGGAGGAGCGCAGACUAAGGGACAUUAUCAAUCGCGUCCACAACCGAAUUCUCAAGCGAGAUGCUGAUCGUGCAAGUAUCCUCCAUUACUCUGCAUGUAUGCUCGACGGGGAGCUAGAGGUCGAAGGGCUGAUCAGACAACUAUGUGGGUCGCCAGAGUAUCUCGAGCUGCAGAACAGGCAGAUAGACGAGGUGCAGAUCGAGCAGAGAAUAUGGAAGAACAAGUUUCACCCCUGGAUCUGCCAUGCAGACGAUGCCGAUGAGGAGCUUGGCACUGUGAAGUGGAGUUUUAAUGAGAAGGGGAUUUCGUGGGCGAGGUGGGAUAGUGGCGCCAUCGAAGGGGAGAGUAUGGGAUCAAGAGUGUACAACGGAACCUUCGUGACGCAAACCAACGACAACUGGAGCACAGUCGCCAUGGAGCAGCCAUUCAAGGAAGGCAUCCAUGAGUGGUACGUGAAGAAAACCAGCGCUAGUGCUAACGGCAACAAGGCCCGCAUAGGGGUGGCGAUCCGCGACAUUGAGCUUGACAAAGAUUUCCGUAACUCGCACUUCUUGAACCGCGUCUGGUACAUCGACGAAGAUGGAGACAUCUGGAACGGCAACAACUUUGUUGCUCGUGGAGACUCUUGGUUUCGGAGUGGCAGCAUCGUCAGGUGCAGGCUUGACACCCUUCGAAGAACUCUUAGUUUCGCCGUGAGUUUCAACCAGAAAGGAGAUUGGAAGGAUUCAGUGUUCUCACAAGCAGCCUCUUCCCACACACGAGGACCUCCAAACUCGUCACUGGUCAUGAACCUCCCUCCCGGCAAAGAACUUUAUCCUGUGAUCCAGGACUAUUGUGCUGGGAGCGGAUUUGAAGUCUCAGACAUUUGCUCAAAAGAAUUCAGCGAAGAGAACAAGAAAGAAUUCGAGGGGAUAUUUGACAUGCCGAAGAAAUUCAUUGAUGAGCUCGUCGAGAAGGUGGAGACUGCCGAAGAACGCAAGGCGGCGAGAAGCAGGGCGCUGAGCACCAUGUCAUUUGACACACGGAGCGUCGGAUCUAGGAGUGCAAAGACCAACACGUCAGCAGGAUCCAGGAUGACAGCGGGCACGCAUGCGUCAUCAACCAGGAGGGCGUCAAGAAGUCAGAAACCGAGGCACUGA